AUGCCCACUGUAGUCAACACAAGACCAGGCGGAGGGGAACACGGUGACUAAGAAUACAUUAUGUGGUUUAGGCCACGUCCCAAAUGACACCUUCUUCUCUAUAUAGUGCACUACUAUUGACAUUAAACACUUUUUUGUCAUUAACAUACCUUUUCAUACUGGUCUCCCGCGGGAAUCGAACCCACAACCCUGGCGUUGCAAGCGUCAUGCUCUACCAUCUGAGCCACGCUGGACUCUGCCGGAGCCCAUAUAUCCCCGUAUGGUGCUCUGUGGGAACAGGGUGCAGUGUGGGAUGCAAGACUUUGGCUUUCGGCUUUUACCAUGCUUACCAUUCAGCCCCUAGAUUUAAACCAUAUUAACAAUAUUAACUAUAUAGAGGACAGCAUUGCGUCGCAAAUUUCACAUUUACAUUUUAAACAGCUUGGAAAAUUCCAGAAAAUGAUGUCAUGGCUUUAGAAGCUUCUGAUAGGCUAAGUGACAUAAUUUGAGUUAAUUGGAGGUGUACCUGUGGAUGUAUUUCAAGGCCUACCUUCAAAUUAUGUGGAUAUAUUGAAGCAACAUUUACACUUAACGUCAUUUAGCAGACGCUCUUAUCCAGAGCGACUUACAAAUUGGUGCAUUCACCUUAUAGCCAGUGGGAUAACCACUUUACAGUAUGUUUUUUUUUCUUUCUUUGGGGUGGGGUAAGGGGGGGGGGGGGUAGAAGGAUUACUUUAUCCUAUCCCAGGUAUUCCUUAAAGAGGUGGGGUUUCAAAUGUCUCCGGAAGGUGGUGAGUGACUCCGCAGUCCUGGCGUCGUGAGGGAGCUCGUUCCACCAUUGCUCCACCCUAUUCCCUACAUAGUGCACUAUUUUUGACCAAGGCCCAUAGCAUUGUCCAUAGGGGUCUGGUCAAAAGUAGUGCACUAUAAAAGGAAUAGGGUGUAAUUUGGGAUGCAAGCUGUAAUACAGACAGAGAGAAACUACUCAGUAACCUCAGUAACCUAUCAACCUACACUAUAGCAGUUUACCCUCAGGCUAUCAACCUACACUAUAGCAGUUUCCUCUGGUACACGAAUCCAAUCGAUCAUGAUGCUUUAAUUAUUAGCAGACAUGUUUCACUUUAGGUAAGAAUUACAUUUUAGAGAGGUGAGAACCAGCACCCAGCCACAGCCGGCUGGUCCAAGGUUAUAUAUCUAGGGGGUUAUUACCAGUCUGUUCUAACUAGGGAGUUAUUACCAGUCUGUUCUAACUAGGGAGUUAUUACCAGUCUGUUCUAACUAGGGAGUUAUUACCAGUCUGUUCUAACUAGGGGGUUAUUACCAGUCUGUUCUAACUAGGGGGUUAUUACCAGUCUGUUCUAACUAGGGGGUUAUUACCAGUCUGUUCUAACUAGGGAGUUAUUACCAGUCUGUUCUAACUAGGGAGUUAUUACCAGUCUGUUCUAACUAGGGGGUUAUUACCAGUCUGUUCUAACUAGGGAGUUAUUACCAGUCUGUUCUAACUAGGGAGUUAUUACCAGUCUGUUAUAACUAGGGAGUUAUUACCAGUCUGUUCUAACUAGGGAGUUAUUACCAGUCUGUUCUAACUAGGGAGUUAUUACCAGUCUGUUCUAACUAGGGAGUUAUUACCAGUCUGUUCUAACUAGGGAGUUAUUACCAGUCUGUUCUAACUAGGGAGUUAUUACCAGUCUGUUCUAACUAGGGAGUUAUUACCAGUCUGUUCUAACUAGGGAGUUAUUACCAGUCUGUUCUAACUAGGGAGUUAUUACCAGUCUGUUCUAACUAGGGAGUUAUUACCAGUCUGUUCUAACUAGGGAGUUAUUACCAGUCUGUUCUAACUAGGGAGUUAUUACCAGUCUGUUCUAACUAGGGGGUUAUUACCAGUCUGUUCUAACUAGGGAGUUAUUACCAGUCUGUUCUAACUAGGGAGUUAUUACCAGUCUGUUCUAACUAGGGGGUUAUUACCAGUCUGUUCUAACUAGGGAGUUAUUACCAGUCUGUUCUAACUAGGGAGUUAUUACCAGUCUGUUUCUAACUAGGGAGUUAUUACCAGUCUGUUCUAACUAGGGAGUUAUUACCAGUCUGUUCUAACUAGGGAGUUAUUACCAGUCUGUUCUAACUAGGGAGUUAUUACCAGUCUGUUCUAACUAGGGAGUUAUUACCAGUCUGUUCUAACUAGGGGGUUAUUACCAGUCUGUUCUAACUAGGGGGUUAUUACCAGUCUGUUCUAACUAGGAAGUUAUUACCAGUCUGUUCUAACUAGGAGUUAUUACCAGUCUGUUCUAAACUAGGGAGUUAUUACCAGUCUGUUCUAACUAGGGGGUUAUUACCAGUCUGUUUCUAACUAGGGAGUAUUACCAGUCUGUUCUAACUAGGGAGUUAUUACCAGUCUGUUCUAACUAGGGAGUUAUUACCAGUCUGUUUCUAACUAGGGAGUUAUUACCAGUCUGUUCUAACUAGGGAGUUAUUACCAGUCUGUUCUAAUAGGGAGUUAUUACCAGUCUGUUCUAACUAAUCCAAGGGAGUUAUUACCAGUCUGUUUCUAACUAGGGAGUUAUUACCAGUCUGUUCUAACUAGGGAGUUAUUACCAGUCUGUUCUAACAAGGGAGUUAUUACCAGUCUGUUCUAACUAGGGAGUUAUUACCAGUCUGUUCUAACUAGGGAGUUAUUACCAGUCUGUUCUAACUAGGGAGUUAUUACCAGUCUGUUCUAACUAGGGAGUUAUUACCAGUCUGUUCUAACUAGGGAGUUAUUACCAGUCUGUUCUAACUAGGGGGUUAUUACCAGUCUGUUCUAACUAGGGAGUUAUUACCAGUCUGUUCUAACUAGGGAGUUAUUACCAGUCUGUUCUAACUAGGGAGUUAUUACCAGUCUGUUCUAACUAGGGGGUUAUUACCAGUCUGUUCUAACUAGGGAGUUAUUACCAGUCUGUUCUAACUAGGGAGGUUAUUACCAGUCUGUUCUAACUAGGGAGUUAUUACCAGUCUGUUCUAACUAGGGGAGAUAUUACCAGUCUGUUCUAACUAGGGAGUUAUUACCAGUCUGUUCUAACUAGGGGGUUAUUACCAGUCUGUUCUAACUAGGGAGUUAUUACCAGUCUGUUCUAACUAGGGGGUUAUUACCAGUCUGUUCUAACUAGGGAGUUAUUACCAGUCUGUUCUAACUAGGGGGUUAUACAGUCUGUUCUAACUAGGGAGUUAUUACCAGUCUGUUCUAACUAGGGAGUUAUUACCAGUCUGUUCUAACUAGGGAGUUAUUACCAGUCUGUUCUAACUAGGGAGUUAUUUACCAGUCUGUUCUAACUAGGGAGUUAUUACCAGUCCUGUUCUAACUAGGGGGUUAUUACCAGUCUGUUCUAACUAGGGAGUUAUUACCAGUCUGUUCUAACUAGGGAGUUAUUACCAGUCUGUUCUAACUAGGGGGGAGUUAUUACCAGUCUGUUCUAACUAGGGGGUUAUUCACCAGUCUGUUCUAACUAUGGGAGUUAUUACCAGUCUGUUCUAACUAGGGAGUUAUUACCAGUCUGUUCUAACUAGGGGGGUUAUUACCAGUCUGUUCUAACUAGGGGUUAUUACCAGUCUGUUCUAACUAGGGAGUUAUUACCAGUCUGUUCUAACUAGGGAGUUAUUACCAGUCUGUUCUAACUAGGGAGUUAUUACCAGUCUGUUCUAACUAGGGAGUUAUUACCAGUCUGUUCUAACUAGGGAGUUAUUACCAGUCUGUUCUAACUAGGGAGUUAUUACCAGUCUGUUCUAACUAGGGGUUAUUACCAGUCUGUUCUAACUAGGGGGUUAUUACCAGUCUGUUCUAACUAGGGAGUUAUUACCAGUCUGUUCUAACUAGGGAGUUAUUACCAGUCUGUUUCUAACUAGGGAGUUAUUACCAGUCUGUUCUAACUAGGGAGUUAUUACCAGUUCUGUUCUAACUAGGGAGUUCAUUACAGUCUGUUCUAACUAGGGGUUAUUACAGUCUGUUCUAACUAGGGGUUAUUACCAGUCUGUUCUAACUAGGGAGUUAUUACCGUCUUUCUAACUAGGGAGUUAUUACCAGUCUGUUCUAAACUAGGGGGUUAUUACCAGUCUGUUCUAACUAGGGAGUUAUUACAGUCUGUUCUAACUAGGGAGUUAUUACCAGUCUGUUCUAACUAGGGAGUUAUUACCAGUCUGUUCUAACUAGGGGGUUAUUACCAGUCUUGUUCUAACUAGGGAGUUAUUACCAGUCUGUUCUAACUAGGGAGUUAUUACCAGUCUGUUCUAACUAGGGAGUUAUUACCAGUCUGUUCUAACUAGGGAGUUAUACCAGUCUGUUCUAACUAGGGAGUUAUUACCAGUCUGUUCUAACUAGGGGGUUAUUACCAGUCUGUUCUAACUAGGGGGUUAUUACCAGUCUGUUCUAACUAGGGGGUUAUUACCAGUCUGUUCUAACUAGGGGGUUAUUACCAGUCUGUUCUAACUAGGGAGUUAUUACCAGUCUGUUCUAACUAGGGAGUUAUUACCAGUCUGUUCUAACUAGGGGGUUAUUACCAGUCUGUUCUAACUAGGGAGUUAUUACCAGUCUGUUCUAACUAGGGGGUUAUUACCAGUCUGUUCUAACUAGGGAGUUAUUACCAGUCUGUUCUAACUAGGGGGAGUUAUUACCAGUCUGUUCUAACUAGGGGGUUAUUACCAGUCUGUUCUAACUAGGGAGUUAUUACCAGUCUGUUCUAACUAGGGAGUUAUUACCAGUCUGUUCCUAACUAGGGAGUUAUUACCAGUCUGUUCUAACUAGGGGGUUUAUUACCAGUCUGUUCUAACUAGGGAGUUAUUACCAGUCUGUUCUAACUAGGGAGUUAUUUACCAGUCUGUUCUAACUAGGGAGUUAUUACCAGUCUGUUCUAACUAGGGGGGUUAUUACCAGUCUGUUCUAACUAGGGAGUAAUUACCAAUCUGUUCUAACUAGGGGGUUAUUACCAGUCUGUUCUAACUAGGGAGUUAUUACCAGUCUGUUCUAACUAGGGGGUUAUACCAGUCUGUUCUAACUAGGGAGUUAUUACCAGUCUGUUCUAACUAGGGAGUUAUUACCAGUCUGUUCUAAUAGGGAGUUAUUACCAGUCUGUUCUAACUAGGGAGUUAUUACCAGUCUGUUUAAACUAGGGAGUUAUUACCAGUCUGUUCUAACUAGGGAGUUAUUACCAGUCUGUUCUAACUAGGGAGUUAUUACCAGUCUGUUCUAAACUAGGGAGUUAUUUUAUUACCAGUCUGUUCUAACUAGGGAGUUAUUACCAGUCUGUUCUAACUAGGGAGUUAUUACCAGUCUGUUCUAACUAGGGAGUUUGGGUUAUUACCAGUCUGUUCUAACUAGGGGGUUAUUACCAGUCUGUUUCUAACUAGGGGGUUAUUACCAGUCUGUUCUAACUAGGGGGUUAUUACCAGUCUGUUCUAACUAGGGGGUUAUUACCAGUCUGUUCUAACUAGGGGGUUAUUACCAGUCUGUUCUAACUAGGGGAGUUAUUACCAGUCUGUUCUAACUAGGGAGUUAUUACCAGUCUGUUUCUAACUAGGGAGUUAUUACCAGUCUGUUCUAACUAGGGAGUUAUUACCAGUCUGUUCUAACUAGGGAGUUAUUACCAGUCUGUUCUAACUAGGGAGUUAUUACCAGUCUGUUUCUAACUAGGGAGUUAUUACCAGUCUGUUCUAACUAGGGAGUUAUUACCAGUCUGUUCUAACUAGGGAGUUAUUACCAGUCUGUUCUAACUAGGGAGUUAUUACCAGUCUGUUCUAACUAGGGAGUUAUUACCAGUCUGUUCUAACUAGGGAGUUUAUUACCAGUCUGUUCUAACUAGGGAGUUAUUACCAGUCUGUUCUAACUAGGGAGUUAUUACCAGUCUGUUCUAACUAGGGGAGUUAUUACCAGUCUGUUCUAACUAGGGAGUUAUUACCAGUCUGUUCUAACUAGGGAGUUAUUACCAGUCUGUUCUAACUAGGGAGUUAUUACCAUCUGUUCUAAAUAGGGAGUUAUUACCAGUCUGUUCUAACUAGGGGUUUAUUACCAGUCUGUUCUAACUAGGGAGUUAUUACCAGUCUGUUCUAACUAGGGAGUUAUUACCAGUCUGUUCUAACUAGGGAGUUAUUACCCAGUCUGUUCUAACUAGGGAGUUAUUACCAGUCUGUUCUAACUAGGGGUUAUUACCAGUCUGUUCUAACUAGGGAGUUUAUUACCAGUCUGUUCUAACCUAGGGAGUUAUUACCAGUCUGUUCUAACUAGGGAGUUAUUACCAGUCUGUUCUAACUAGGGAGUUAUUACCAGUCUGUUCUAACUAGGGAGUUAUACCAGUCUGUUCUAACUAGGGAGUUAUUACCAGUCUGUUCUAACUAGGGAGUUAUUACCAGUCUGUUCUAACUAGGGGGUUAUUACCAGUCUGUUCUAACUAGGGAGUUAUUACCAGUCUGUUCUAACUAGGGAGUUAUUACCAGUCUGUUCUAACUAGGGGGUUAUUACCAGUCUGUUCUAACUAGGGAGUUAUUACCAGUCUGUUCUAACUAGGGGGUUAUUACAGACACUGUAUAGUAGAUUCAACAGUAGAUUUAACAGGUGUAUAGUAGAUUUAACAGUAAUUUAACAGGGAAGUAGAUUUAACAGGUGUAUAGUAGAUUUAACAGUAUAUUUAACAGGUGUAUAGUAGAUUUAACAGUAUAUUUAACAGGGUAUGUAGAUAAGUAGAUUAACAGGUGUAUAGUAGAUUCGUAAACAGGUGUAUAGUAUUACAGUAUAUUUAACAGGUGUAUAGUAGAUUUAACAGGUGUAUAGUAGAUUUAACAGUAGAUUUAACAGGUGUAUAGUAGAUUUAACAGGUGUAUAGUAGAUUUAACAGGUGUAUAGUAGAUUUAACAGUAGAUUUAACAGGUGUAUAGUAGAUUUAACAGGUGUUUAGUAGAUUGAACAGGAGUAGAGUAGAUUUAACAGGUGUGUAAGUAGAUUUAACAGGUGUAUAGUAGAUUUAACAGUAGAUUAACAGUAUAUUUAAACAGGUGUAUAGUAGAUUUAACAGGUUGUAUAGUAGAUUUAACAGGUGUAUAGUAGAUUUAACAGGAGUAGAGUAGAUUUAACAGGUGUAUAGUAGAUUUAACAGGUGUAUAGUAGAUUUAACAGUAGAUUUAACAGGUGUAUAGUAGAUUUAACAGGUGUAUAGUAGAUUUAACAGGUGUAUAGUAGAUUAAACAGUAUAUUUAACAGGUGUAUAGUAGAUUUAACAGGUGUAUAGUAGAUUUAACAGGAGUAGAGUAGAUUUAACAGGUGUAUAGUAGAUUUAACAGUAGAUUUAACAGGUGUAUAGUAGAUUUAACAGGUGUAUAGUAGAUUUAACAGGUGUAUAGUAGAUUUAACAGUAUAUUUAACAGGUGUAUAGUAGAUUUAACAGGUGUAUAGUAGAUUUAACAGGUGUAUAGUAGAUUUAACAGGUGUAUAGUAGAUUUAACAGGUGUAUAGUAGAUUUAACAGGAGUAGAGUAGAUUUAACAGGUGUAUAGUAGAUUUAACAGGUGUAUAGUAGAUUGAACAGUAGAUUUAACAGUAUAUUUAACAGGUGUAUAGUAGAUUUAACAGGUGUAUAGUAGAUUUAACAGGCGUAGAGUAGAUUUAACAGGCGUAGAGUAGAUUUAACAGGUGUAUAGUAGAUUAAACAGUAUAUUUAACAGGUGUAUAGUAGAUUUAACACGUGUAUAGUAGAUUUAACAGGAGUAGAGUAGAUUUAACAGGUGUAUAGUAGAUUUAACAGUAGAUUUAACAGGUGUAUAGUAGAUUUAACAGGUGUAUAGUAGAUUUAACAGGUGUAUAGUAGAUUUACAGUCUAUAACAGGUAUAGUAGAUUUAACAGGUGUAUAGUAGAUUUAACAGGUGUAUAGUAGAUUUAACAGGUGUAUAGUAGAUUUAACAGGAGUAGAGUAGAUUUAACAGGUGUAUAGUAGAUUUAACAGGUGUAUAGUAGAUUUAACAGUAGAUUUAACAGUAUAUUUAACAGGUGUAUAGUAGAUUUAACAGGUGUAUAGUAGAUUUAACAGGCGUAGAGUAGAUUUAACAGGCGUAGAGUAGAUUCAACAGGUGUAUAGUAGAUUUAACAGUAUAUUUAACAGGUGUAUAGUAGAUUUAACAGGUGUAUAGUAGAUUUAACAGGCAUAGAGUAGAUUUAACAGGUGUAUAGUAGAUUUAACAGGUGUAUAGUAGAUUUAACAGUAUAUUUAACAGGUGUAUAGUAGAUUUAACAGGUGUAUAGUAGAUUUAACAGGCGUAGAGUAGAUUUAACAGGUGUAUAGUAGAUUUAACAGGAGUAGAGUAGAUUUAACAGGUGUAUUGUAGAUUUAACAGGUGUAUAGUAGAUUUAACAGGUGUAUAGUAGAUUUAACAGGAGUAGAGUAGAUUUAACAGGAGUAGAGUAGAUUUAACAGGUGUAUAGUAGAUUUAACAGGUGUAUAGUAGAUUUAACAGGAGUAAAGUAGAUUUAACAGGUGUAUAGUAGAUUUAACAGGUGUAUAGUAGAUUUAACAGGUGUAUAGUAGAUUUAACAGGAGUAGAGUAGAUUUAACAGGUGUAUAGUAGAUUUAACAGGAGUAGAGUAGAUUUAACAGGUGUAUAGUAGAUUUAACAGGAGUAGAGUAGAUUUAACAGGUGUAUAGUAGAUUUAACAGGCGUAUAGUAGAUUUAACAGGUGUAUAGUAGAUUUAACAGGAGUAGAGUAGAUUUAACAGGAGUAGAGUAGAUUUAACAGGUUUACACUGUAUAGUAGAUUUAACAUGUGCACAUGUGUGUACGCUGUACAUUUUGCAGCUGCCGACUACAUAUUGUUCUGUGAAAAUGACAUCUUAUUUUUGUGGUAUUUACCAUAGUAAUAUCCCUGGCUUGUUCCCAAUCUGACAGAUGUGUUCUACCAGUGAUUCAGAGGAGCUCAGUGCUUAUCCCCAGGAGGAUUCACAUCACAUUGUUGUUUUAUAAUUCUCUGUUUAUUGCCACAUGUCCAUCCCUCGGAGACAGAUGGGUGUGUUGGAAAUACGGACGGUAGCAUCAUAACAUGUCUCACUUUCACAGUGUGUCUGAGGAAGUCUGACUGUCACAGUGUGUCUGAGGAAGUCUGACUGUCACAGUGUGUCUGAGGAAGUCUGACUGUCACAGUGUGUCUGAGGAAGUCUGACUGUCACAGUGUGUCUGAGGAAGUCUGACUGUCCACAGUGUGUCUGAGGAAGUCUGACUGUCACAGUGUGUCUGAGGAAGUCUGACUGUCACAGUGUGUCUGAGGAAGUCUGACUGUCACAGUGUGUCUGAGGAAGUCUGACUGUCACAGUGUGUCUGAGGAAGUCUGACUGUCACAGUGUGUCUGAGGAAGUCUGACUGUCACAGUGGUCUGAGGAAGUCUGACUGUCACAGUGUGUCUGAGGAAGUCUGACUGUCACAGUGUGUCUGAGGAAGUCUGACUGCACAGUGUGUCUGAGGAGUCUGACUGUCACAGUGUGUCUGAGGAAGUCUGACUGUCACAGUGUGUCGAGAAGUGAGUACCGUUGUGAGGACUGAAGUCACAGUGUGUCUGAGGAAGUCUGACUGUCACGUGUGUCUGAGGAAGUUGCUGUCACAGUGUGUCUGAGGAAGUCUGACUGUCACAGUGUGUCUGAGGAAGUCUGACUGUCACAGUGUGUCUGAGGAAGUCUGACUGUCACAGUGUGUCUGAGGAAGUCUGACUGUCACAGUGUGUCUGAGGAAGUCUGACUGUCACAGUGUGUCUGAGGAAGUCUGACUGCCACAGUGUGUCUGAGGAAGUCUGACUGUCACAGUGUGUCUGGGGAAGUCUGACUGCCACAGCGUGUAGUAGAAGUAGUAGGAAGAUAACCUUUGUGAUGGGGUGAGAGUGCAGGGGUGUGUGUUUGUGUCUCUGUGUGGGUAGAGUGCAGGGGUGUGUGUUUGUGUCUCUGUGUGGGUAGAGUGCAGGGGUGUGUGUUUGUGUCUCUGUGUGGGUAGAGUGCAGGGGUGUGUGUUUGUGUCUCUGUGUGGGUAGAGUGCAGGGGUGUGUGUGUUUGUGUCUCUGUGUGGGUAGAGUGCAGGGGGUUUGGGGGGUAUUUGCCUGCUCCCCUGUCUGUCUGUCAACCCCUUCCUUACACACACCCCCUGGAGACACACACACAAACACAAACGCAGGCACACACACACAUACACACACACAUACACACACGCACGCACUCACACUCACACACGCACACACACUCACCGGAGACAGCUAAGCCUGCAGAGGUGAGACAGAGUGCAGGGUGAUGGGGCUGUACUGUCAUUCUGUCCCACAGGUGACCACGCGACAACACUCAAACUUAAAGUCUGUGACCUACUAUUUCCUUGAGUGAUCCUCUCUCUUUUACUCACACGUUCACACUUCUACUCUAUCAUAUCCUCUUAUCUGUUUUCUGACUAAUGCUUCCAUCACACAACUCCAAAUCAACUCAUAGCUAUAUCAUUAUCUGAUGUCUGUAGGUAUCGCUAGCAAUCAUUUACAUACCAAACACCCACACAUCAGUCUAUCAUCUCUCUCUAGUCUCAAGAUCAACAAUCUAAUCCUGAUCGCUCUACUCUCAUCUUUCUCUCUUUCCAAUCACCCCUCACUCUCUCUCUACUAUCUUCGUCUCUCUCUCUCUGUCUUUCUCUCUCCAUCUUUCCCUCACCCCCUCCCUCUCUCUCCCUCUCUCUCUCUCUCUCUCUCCAUCUUUCUCUCUUUCCCUCACCCCCUCCCUCUCUCUCUCUGGCUAUAUCCAUAUUUUGUAGUUAUAUUCAUUGUUUGCAACCAACUAUUAAACUGUACAGUUUUAUACUCAAUGUCGUAAUUAAACAAACAGGACAGGACAGGACAGGCUUUAUUGACCUAUAACACAACAGGACAGGACAGGACAGAACAGGACAGGACAGGACAGGACAGGCUUUAUUGACCUAUAACACAACAGGACAGAACAGGACAGGACAGGACAAGCUUUAUUGACCUAUAACACAACUGAAUAGGACAGGACAGGACAGGACAAGCUUUAUUGACCUAUAACACAACAGAACAGAACAGGACAGAACAGGACAGAACAGGACAGGACAGGACAGGACAGAACAGAACAGAACAGGACAGGACACGCUUUAUUGACCUAUAACAGAACAGGACAGAACAGGACAGGACAGGACAGGACAGGACAAGAUUUAUUGACCUAUAACACAACAGAACAGAACAGGACAGGACAGGACAGGACAGGACAAGAUUUAUUGACCUAUAACACAACAGAAUAGAAAUGAACAGGACGGGACAGGACAAGCUUUAUUGACCUAUAACACAACAGAACAGAACAGGACAGAACAGGACAGGACAGGACAAGCUUUAUUGACCUAUAACAGAACAGGACAGAACAGGACAGGACAAUAUUUAUUGACCUAUAACACAACAGAAUAGAAAUGAACAGGACAGGACGGGACAGGACAAGCUUUAUUGAACAAAUCGAUAAUUAAUUUCCUAUGUUGACAUUUUGUUUAUGUUUGUCUACUGCUUGAAAUCAAGAGGGGUUCAAAGCAAGACAGAAUCAGAAUAUAGGUUGUUUAGUUUCUCAACUGGCUUUAGUCAUACAGUAAUCACACACAUUAUAUUCCUUCAGAUUAAAAGAAUAGGCCUGACUGAGGUUGUGUCCAAAUGGCACCAUUUUCCCUAUGUAGUGCACUUCUUUAGACCAGGGUCCAUUUGGGACACUAAAUCCUCUUGGGGAAAUCAGAGGCAGAAUUAAUUGUUCAACUGUCUCCUGUUACGUAAUAAUUCAAAGUUCCUGUUGCUGCAGGAUUAUUUUCCUGUUGUAGCACACAGGCUCAAAUUAAGAUCAUACAUGUGUAUUAGUAACAACUAGAAAAUGCAAGGAUAAGUAAAGUCAUAGUACUGUGGUAUGAAGACAAUACUCUCAUCCACUGAUACUUGUUCCCAAGCUGUCAUCCACUGAUACUUGUUCCCAAGCUGUCAUCCAAUGAUACUUGUUCCCAAGCUGUCAUCCACUGAUACUUGUUCCCAAACUGUCAUCCGCUGAUACUUGUUCCCAAGCUGUCAUCCAAUGAUACUUGUUCCUAAACUGUCAUCCAAUGAUAUUUGUUCCCAAGCUGUCAUCCACUGAUAUUUGUUCCCAAGCUGUCAUCCACUGAUACUUGUUCCCAAGCUGUCAUCCACUGAUACUUGUUCCCAAGCUGUCAUCCACUGAUACUUGUUCCCAAGCUGUCAUCCACUGAUACUUGUUCCCAAACUGUCAUCCGCUGAUACUUGUUCCCAAGCUGUCAUCCACUGAUACUUGUUCCCAAGCUGUCAUCCGCUGAUACUUGUUCCCAAGCUGUCAUCCACUGAUACUUGUUCCCAAGCUGUCAUCCACCUGUUUGCCUCCUGGUUCUUCUGUAACUGACUUCAUAAUCUUAUUCUGUCUUCUGUUCCCUCUGUAUGUCUCCAGUUCCUCCACAGCUCCUGGAAUAACCCCAACCCUAACCCUAACCCUGUAUCUCUCUCUCUCUCUCUCUCUCUCUACAGUUCCUCUCCAGUUCCUGGAAUAACCCCAACCCUAACCCUAACCCUGUAUCUCUCUCUCUCUCUCUACAGUUCCUCUCCAGUUCCUGGAAUAACCCCAACCCUAACCCUAACCCUGUAUCUCUCUCUCUCUCUCCAGUUCCUCUACAGUUCCUGGAAUAACCCCAACCCUAACCCUAACCCUGUAUCUCUCUCUCUCUCUCCAGUUCCUCUCCAGUUCCUGGAAUAACCCCAACCCUAACCAGUGGCGGCUCCUGAAAAAAUUCUCAGGAGGGGCAAUUUUUCUGAUGAUUUAGGUGACCUACACACAUUUUUAAAAAGAUAUGUCCAGCAACAACAUGAAGACAGGGGCAGCAUAUAAGUCAAUACCAGAAGCAUUUAUUGACUGAUCUCAAAAGUGUUGGCUUACAAAAGCAAAAUAAGUUAUCACAGUAAAAAUAAUCAAGGGUGUUCUUUCACAUUCCUCAACACUGCAUAAACAAUAUGUAUGGCUUUGUAAAAAUGAACAACCAUAUUCUGGCCAAUUGUAUAGAUUUGUAAAUAUGAACAACCAUAUUCUGGCCAAUUGUAUAGAUUUGUAAAAAUGAACAUGAACAGAUUUUUUAUUUUUUUGAAUGGCAGUACCUUUCAAACAUGUCUGCUUGCAGUAAGGUAGCACUCACAAGGUGGCCAGAGAAAGAGAACCUUUCUUUGGUGUGAUCCAGGAUGGUGUUGCAGACCUCUUCAGACAGCCUCUGCUUCUCCUCUUCUCUCAAAGCUGUUCUGGGUCUUUUGGCUCCUGUUGCUUCUUGCAGCUGCUGUUGAGAGGAGUCCCUGAAGGCAAACAGACCAAUGUGUUUGUUGGCUUUGUACAGUAUUGUUGUCUAUGUGAUGCACAGGUAUAUGCAAUGUAUCCAUGUAUAGUACAAAUACUUCAGUUCCACUUAAAAUGGGCAGGGAUGCAUAAAGUCUUUAGUGUUUAAGUUAGCCUUUGUGUCUCACAUAGCCUGGAUGUUCAGCACAGUAUACAGUGGUGCUCAUAAGCUUAUGAUCCCAUGCUAAAGUUGACUAAAAAGAGGAAUAAAAAAGAAAAGAAAAUUGGUGUCCUUAAAGGUUGGAUUUUCCAACUUUUUUAAUUAAGUCAUUAAGAUCAAUUUCCAAAAGAUGAUUUUUUUAUUUUUUUAUUCCUCUUUUUAGUCAGCUUUAGAAUGUGUUCAUACACUUAUGAGCACCACUGUACAGUACACAUAGUAUAUAAAAUAAGAUAGAUUACACCACUGGCCAUAUAUAAUGACAAUAAUGUAAUUUCAAACACAAAUGCAGUCUCCUUUCAUGCAUACAUUUUCAAAUAAAGCUCUGCUUUGAGAAAAGAUCGAAUGAUAUUGUUUAAUCUUUAUCUUACCUUAUGGCCUGCACACUGCUUGCGAAGCUGUCGAGGGCACGUUUGAUAAAGACAGCAUCGAUGUCCUUAUUCUGUAGCUUCUGGUACGGUGGGCUGGUCAAAUGAACCCAAUGAACCCGUCCGGAUGGCUUCAAAACAUUCUAUGAGGUCGUCUCGAUUCUCGUAGACAGUGUUCACGACUCUGCUGUUGCUAACCUCAUCGUUGUGGCGGCGGACAGCUAGCCUGUAUCCCUCAUCCAGUUGAGUGGCAAUAUUCACUCUCACCAAAGCAGACAAUCUCAAACAGCUAUCAAUGUGGGUCUUUGACAGCUCAUUUUUCUUAAUCUUUUCUGAAAGAUGGUGCAUGUCGGUUACACCAGUCGCUGUCCAAGCGUUGCUGUCUGCCGUUCAUGGUUACGUUACGUUACGUAUGACGAAAGCGCGUAAGUGCAAGCCCUCAGACACCCAUAGAGAAUGUAUUGAAAGCUCAGAAAUUAUACAUUAUUUUACAUUAGAGGCUAUGAGAGACUUCUGGGCGAUUUUCAACCUGACUGAAAUCGCCCCAAAACGGGCGGGGACAUUUGAAGCACGACUUUAGCCUGAUUGGACAUUUAGUGGCUGGCAGAUCAGACGUGAACACUGAACUACUGUUGCCAUGAUAUAAUUGAUUAGAAACAAAAUCCCUUCCUUUUCCCGUUUGGCAGUGCGUCGCCCAUAUCGCCCUAUUGAACACACCGCCCAUGACCCUAACCCUAACCCUGUAUCUCUCUCUCUCUCUCUCUCUCUCUCUCUCUCUCUCUACAGUUCCUCUCCAGUUCCUGGAAUAACCCCAACCCUAACCCUAACCCUGUAUCUCUCUCUCUCUCCAGUUCCUCUCCAGUUCCUGGAAUAACCCCAACCCCAACCCUAACCCUGUAUCUCUCUCUCUCUCUCCAGUUCCUCUCCAGUUCCUGGAAUAACCCCAACCCUAACCCUAACCCUGUAUCUCUCUCUCUCUACAGUUCCUCUACAGUUCCUGAAAUAACCCCAACCUUAACCAAUAACUAUACACAUAACUAACCCCAACCCCAACCGUAAUACUGUUUCAUCUCUCUGUGCAGUACCGCCCCAGUUCCUGAACUACCCCAGCAACACGUAUUCCCAUGAGAGUACGGACCUGGAGCUCGAGUGUGCUGUAACAGGGAACCCUCCUCCUACGGUGCGCUGGAUGAAGAAUGGAGAGGAGGUCAUCCCCAGUGACUACUUCCAGAUCGUU